AUUGACCGCACAAGCAUUUUUAAAUAAAGCUCUAUCAAAAAGCGCGCAGGGGCUUCUGGGAAAACUCCUCUUAACCAAUGAGAGCUCGGGCUGCAUGAAACCCGGGACUUCACGAGGUUGUUUAGCGCAGCGGCAAAACUGGAGUUUAUCUUUUAGGUGCUGUAACGAUUCACGUUCAACGAGUGAUACCAUUUUUGUUGCUGUCAGGUGGAAUAGGGGCUUAGGAUGGAUACUGAGGGCUUUGGAGAGCUCCUGCAGCAGGCAGAACAACUUGCAGCAGAAACUGAAGCUGUGUCCGAGCUGCCCCACGUUGAGCGAAACCUACAAGAGAUCCAGCAAGCGGGAGAGCGUCUACGUUCCCGCACUCUCACUAGAACCUCUCAAGACACAGCAGAUGUAAAAGCUUCCAUUCUUUUGGGCUCUCGGGGCCUUGACAUCUUCCAUAUCUCCCAGCGUCUUGAGAGCCUCAGUGCAGCCACUACAUUUGAGCCUCUUGAGCCGGUCAAAGACACUGAUAUUCAGGGCUUUCUGAAGAACGAGAGAGACAAUGCACUGCUAUCAGCCAUCGAGGAGUCACGCCGCAGAACGUUUCUGCAGGCGGAGGAGUACCACAGAGACUCCAUGUUGGUGCAGUGGGAGCAGGUGAAGCAGAGAGUCUUGCACACCCUGCUGGGAGCUGGAGAAGAUGCAUUGGACUUCAGCCAGGAUGUGGAGCCGAGUUUCGUGAGCGAGGUCGGGGUUCCUGGACGCAGUGCACUUGACAGUGUGGAAGUUGCAUAUAGCAGACAGAUCUACAUCUUCAAUGAGAAGAUUGUAAAUGGACAUCUUCAGCCCAAUCUGGGUGAUCUUUGCGCUUCAGUCGCCAAAGGCCUCGAUGAUAAGAACGUGUCAGACAUGUGGCUCAUGGUUAAGCAAAUGACAGACGUUCUGCUGGUGCCGGCAAAGGACACGCUGAAGAGUCGAGUGUCGGUGGACAUGCAGAUGGCCUUUGUUAGGCAGGGCCUGCAGUACCUGGAGAACAGCUAUAAGAACUACACUAUGUUCACUGUAUUUGGAAACCUGCACCAGGCACAGCUAGGUGGAGUGCCUGGUACUUAUCAACUGGUAUGCAGCUUCCUAAACAUCAAGCUUCCGACCCCACUGCCAGGCAUGCAGGACGGCGAAGUAGAAGGCCAUCCGGUGUGGGCUCUGAUUUAUUACUGCCUUCGUUGUGGAGACCUGUCGGCAGCUAUGCAGGUGGUGAACAGGGCGCAGCAUCAGCUGGGCGACUUUAAAAUCUGGUUCCAGGAGUACAUGAACAGCCCCGACCGACGUCUUUCUCCAGCUACAGAGAAUAAACUACGGCUGCAUUACCGCCGUGUGCUGAGGAACAGUGCAGAUCCCUACAAGCGUGCCGUCUACUGCCUCAUCGGUAAAUGCGACAUAGCUGACAACCACGGCGAGGUUGCGAAUACGACAGAAGAUUACCUAUGGCUCAAGCUGAAUCAAGUGUGUUUCGAUGAUGAUGGCAGCAGUGCUCCUCAAGACAGAAUGACUCUGCCCCAGCUACAGAAACAGCUACUGGAAGACUAUGGCGAGUCUCAUUUUUCAGCCAGCCACCAUCCCUUCCUGUAUUUCCAGGUGCUUUUCUUGACUGCGCAGUUCGAAGCGGCCAUAGCGUUCCUCUUCCGAGUGGAACGUCUGCGCAGCCAUGCCGUCCACGUGGCUUUGGUGCUGUACGAACUCAAGCUCCUCCUAAAAUCAUCAGGCCAGAGCGCACAACUUUUGAGUCAAGAGGCUGGAGAUCCACCAAUGGUGCGACGGCUGAACUUCAUCAGACUGCUGAUGCUCUACACCCGCAAGUUUGAGUCCACUGACCCACGAGAGGCCCUACAGUACUUCUACUUCCUCCGGAACGAGAAGGACAGUCAAGGAGAAAACAUGUUCAUGCGAUGCGUCGGCGAACUAGUCAUCGAGAGUCGCGAGUUUGACAUGCUUCUCGGAAGACUCGAAAAAAAUGGAAGCAGAAAGCCUGGUGUGAUUGAUAAGUUUGCCGGGGACACGCAGGCCAUCAUUACUAAGGUGGCUUCAGAGGCCGAGAACAAGGGAUUGUUUGAGGAGGCCGUCAAACUGUACGAGUUAGCCAAGAACCCUGAUAAGGUUCUAGAGCUGAUGAACAAAUUGCUGAGUCCGGUUAUCGCUCAAGUCAGCGAACCCCAGUCGAACAAAGAGCGACUUAAAAACAUGGCGGUGGCUAUUGCUGAACGGUAUCGUGCUAAUGGGAUAGCUGGGGAGAAGACCGUGGACAGCACCUUCUACCUUCUUUUGGACCUAAUGACAUUCUUUGAUGAGUAUCAUGCUGGACACAUCGAUCGAGCUUACGAUGUGAUUGAGAGACUAAAGCUAGUUCCUUUAAGUCAGGACAGUGUUGAGGAGCGAGUCGCAGCCUUCAGAAACUUCAGCGAUGAGGUAAGACAUAAUUUGUCCGAGGUCCUUCUCGCCACAAUGAAUAUUAUGUUCACACAAUACAAGCGUCUGAAGGGGGCAGCGGCAGGGACACCAGGAAGACCACAACGUACACUAGAGGACAGAGACACACUGCUGCGCAGUCAAGCCCGAGCACUUAUCACAUUUGCGGGGAUGAUUCCAUACCGGAUGGCCGGAGACACAAAUGCCAGACUGGUUCAGAUGGAGGUCUUAAUGAACUGAGAUGCUUUACCUCACUUUGUCCAGUCCUCUCCUGCAGCUCCCUUUCAUUUGUCUUUAUUCCAUCAUUAUUUGGUGUCAGUUUAUGUUUGUAUUUUUUUCAUUAUGUGAAAUAAAAAAAAUAAGUUCA